AUGAGGGAGAGGGAGAGCGAGGAGUUGAGCAACUCCGAGAGUAGUGAACAGAAGCGAAGAAAGAGAGACAGCAGCGACGAAACGGAGAGCAGCGACAGCUCGUCUGACUCCAGUAGCGAUGAGGACAAGAGAAAGAAGAAGAGGAAGCAGGGAAAGAAGAGCAAGAAGAAGGAGAAAAAGGAGAAGAAGAAAAAGAAGCAGAAAAAGGGAAAAAAGAAAAAGGCGAAGAAAGAAAAGGAGAAAGCCGAGGAGCUCUACGACGAAUUCGAAGUGCGGCGGCUCCUUACGAAUUUGCUGACAAAGAGUCGCUCUCUCGAUACAGAGCUCGAGUCUCUCUUCAGCAACCUCGACGAGAAGCAAACUGUUUUUUUGGAUGGCCUGCCUGACGCGACGCUCCGCAAGAAACUCCGCCACCUCUUCAGGGCCCUGAAUCUCACGGGAGUGAAGGAGGAGGCGAGCGUUGGCUUCAAGAAAGGCAAGGCGCUCUCUUCGCUGUCUCUGCGUCGCCUCGUGCGGUCGCUCUGCCGAGAAAUCAAGGCGGAGCUGCCACCGCCGACCGGGCUGCCGCCGGCAGCCGAGACUCCGCCUCAGCAGCUUACUGAAGAGGAGCUGAGGAGGCUGCGGCGCGGGGACAGCCCAGUCAUCGUUGACGCCGCGGAGCUCGCGGGCGCCGCUGCUCCGGUGGGGCCUGCGCCGCCUCCAGGCCGCGAAGGCGGACAAGACAAGGGGAAGCGAGAGGCGUGCCGACAACGCGACGCAGAGCGAAGCGCCGAAGACGCCAUCGAGACCCGCAAGCGCGGCCGCGAGGAGUGGAUGCUCGAGGCUCCGGCGUACUUGAAGAAGGCUUUCACAGCGAACAGCAGGAUGGAGAAGAUGUUGGAGCAGAAGCGGCGAGAGGACGCCGAGGCUGAGCAGAUGCGCGCUGCGAUGGAAGAAUGGAACCGCAAGCACCGCGCCAGGAGCCUCAGGGAAAUGACCGCAUCAGGCGAAAUCAAAGAUGCGCAGGAAACGUACAAGAAGUGGAAACAGGCCAUGUGGGCUCAGAACCUCUGGGGGAAGUCCGCCGCGGAGCAGCGCGCCAUCGAGGAGGGAAAGGGUGAAGAGAAUGCUGGUCAGCCCUGGAGGCGCUUCGAUCGCGAGCGAGAUCUCGACACGCGGCAAACGACGCGCGAAGACUACAACAAGUUGGUGGCGAAGGCGUCCGAGCUCAAUAACCGCUUUCACUCGACUUGGCAGUCCAGCUUCUUGUAA